AUGCAUAUUGAGCAGCUCCAUGUUGGUCCCACAGGAUUGCUAGCAGCAAUUCGUCAACGUUUCUGGCUGACUAAUGCACGGGCGACAGUACGAAAUGUAACCAGAUCGUGUGUGAAGUGUUUCAAAGUGAAUCCGUCCAACGAAAUACAACUAAUGGGUCAGUUACCAAAGCAACGAGUUACUCCUUCGCCAAUAUUCAGCAUCGUGGGAGUAGACUACGCUGGACCUAUCAUAGUAAAGCAAGGCACCUAUCGACCAAAAACAAUCAAGGCAUACAUUGCAGUGUUUGUGUGUCUUUCAACUAAGGCUAUUCAUUUGGAGUUAGUCUCCGACUUGACAACAGAGGCCUUCAUCGCGACGUCAGUCGAAGAGGAAUUCCAACUGAAAUCCAUUCCGACAAACGCAACAAAUUUUCAUGGGGCUAAACAUGAACUACAUCACCUCUAUGAAUUGUUUCGCCAAGAAACCGAAAUCGAUCGCAUCGUCCAGUUUUGUCAAACGAAGGAAAUAAAGUGGAACUUUAUUCCGCCAGACGCUCCAGAGUUUGGAGGACUCUGGGAAGCAGCCGUGAAAUCGACGAGGAGGAACCUGAAACGAGUUAUUGGAAACGCAGUGCUAACAUUCGAGGAAAUGACUACAACCUUAUGCGAAAUCGAAGCAAUUUUGAAUUCUCGUCCAUUGUUUGCUGUAUCAAAUCAUCCUGCUGAUCCUGAGGUAAUCACUCCGGCACAUUUCCUGAUUGGACGUCCUAUGAAUGCGAUUCCAGAACCAUCCUAUAACGAGGUCAAAAUCAACCGACUCUUCCGCUGGCAACAUUGUCAGCUUAUGCGUGAACAUUUCUGGCGAGCGUGGUCUAAAGACUACCUUAUGAGUUUGCAACCUCGAAAGAAAAAUUGGAUGACGAUUGACAACGUAAGACCAAGUAUGGUGGUUCUACUACACGACAAGGCUCGGCCCCCAUUAAUGUCGAAACUAGGCCGUGUGACAGCUGUACAUCCCGGUCCAGAUGGUUUAGUUCGAGCUGUGGACAUCCUAAGCGAAGGAAGCGUCUACAGACGUCCCAUCACGAAGUUAUCAAUUCUACCCAUAGAAGUUAAUCAACGCUUACGCAAAAAAUCAGCAUAA